UAGUAAGCAACUUUACUAUCCCAUUAGUCCUUAAGGAAUCCAUCUCUAUCCAAAUAAAAGACAGCACCCGUGCCACACUUGCGCUCUUCGCGGAGGUUUGAGAUGCGUGAGGGCUGGACGGUGUCUCUCAGAGCGAGCUCAGUGUCUCCGGUCUCUUUUAUAGAAGAGGUUGGGCUCCAUAUAGGUCGGGUUUUGCAUAUGUGUAAUCAAACCAAUGAGAAUCCCCUGCGAGCAGUGAGGCAGCGCACCAAACUCUGGGAAGAAGAGAAGCGAUUGUAAUUUAGGGGGUGUAUCCCUAGUUUAAGACUCUGUUAUGGCAAAGCCAAUCGCCAGAUGUUUGUGUUCCCAAAUCAGAUUUUGAGACUAAGCAGAACGCCGGGUUACUACGCGGAGGCUGAAUCGCGUAUCCAAGCCACUUUUAGCCAAAGUAUACAGACGAUCUGCGCCCCAGCCCACUCGUUCUCAGUGCGCACAGGAUUGUACUACGUCCGCUUGGUCGUCUGUUUUGAGGAGCUGCAACGGGGUUUUUUUUUCUCUGUCAUUCUUUAACAGGCUGAAGGAAAUGGCAAAGGAGAGAGGACCGCGUCUGGGAGAGCGCAGACGAAACCAGAGCUGAAUGGAAGGAUGCAAGCGACCUGAAGACGCGCAAAACCAGCACAUUUCUACAGCCUUUUGGUUUCUUUCUACCAAACAAGAGACUCGCGAGAGGAAUUAUCCCUAUUCUACCACUCAAGGAUUUUCUUUUUGAUUUAAUUUUCACAUCCAGAACUCAAGGAAUCGAGGAUGCAUUGUGGAUUAGUGUUUAUCGUAUUUACGGAAAUCUUUCUCAUUGCCGGUGCUGUCAAAAAUGACAAAUGUGGGGAUAAUAUCAGAAUCUCAAGCGCAAAUUACCUCACCUCACCCGGUUAUCCGGUGUCAUACUACCCGUCCCAGAAAUGCAUAUGGGUGAUUACAGCUCCUGGACCGAACCAGAGGAUUUUGAUCAACUUCAACCCGCACUUUGACCUGGAGGACCGAGAGUGCAAAUAUGACUAUGUGGAAGUGAGGGAUGGGGUGGAUGAGAGCGGGCAGCUGGUGGGGAAAUACUGCGGGAAGAUCGCCCCCUCUCCUGUGGUCUCCUCUGGGAACCAACUCUUCAUUAAGUUUGUGUCCGACUACGAAACGCAUGGCGCUGGCUUCUCCAUCCGCUACGAGAUCUUCAAAACAGGUCCAGAAUGUUCCAGGAACUUCACCUCUAGCAGUGGAGUCAUCAAGUCACCUGGCUUUCCAGAGAAGUACCCCAACAACCUGGACUGCACCUUCAUGAUCUUUGCACCCAAGAUGUCAGAGAUCAUUUUAGAGUUUGAGAGCUUUGAGUUGGAGCCGGACACGCAACCGCCCACCGGAGUGUUCUGCCGCUAUGACCGCCUGGAGAUUUGGGAUGGGUUCCCUGGAGUUGGUCCAUACAUUGGCAGAUACUGUGGGCAGAUUACUCCAGGACGGAUCAUAUCUUACACCGGAAUCUUGGCCUUGACAAUCAACACAGAUAGUGCUAUUGCUAAAGAAGGAUUCUCAGCUAAUUUUACUGUAAUGGAAAGGACAGUCCCGGAUGACUUUGACUGCACUGAGCCCCUAGGUAUGGAGACUGGUGAGAUCCAUUCAGACCAAAUUGUGGCUUCAUCCCAGUACAACCCCAACUGGUCUCCAGAACGUUCUAGACUCAACAACCACGAGAAUGGCUGGACCCCUGCGGAGGACUCAAACAAAGAAUGGAUUCAGGUUGAUCUCGGGUUCCUGCGCUUCGUCUCAGGAAUCGGCACACAGGGAGCGAUCUCUCAAGAGACCGGGAAGAAGUACUAUGUGAAGUCCUACAAGGUGGAUGUGAGCUCAAACGGGGAAGACUGGAUCACUAUUAAGGAUGGCCCUAAACAGAAGAUUUUCCAAGGGAACACCAACCCUACAGAUGUGGCAAAAGCCAUGCUCCCCAAGCCCACGUUGACAAGAUACCUCCGGAUCAGACCCUACGCCUGGGAGUCUGGCAUCGCUCUCCGCUUUGAGAUGUAUGGAUGCAAAAUCUCAGAAUACCCAUGUUUAGGAAUGUUGGGAAUGGUCUCAGGCCUCAUCACAGAUGCCCAGAUCACAGUUUCCUCCCAUACUGAGCGUACCUGGGUGUCGGAAAAUGCACGUCUUCUGACCAGCCGCUCAGGAUGGACAUUGUUGCCGCAGCCGCAACCCUAUGUGGAUGAGUGGCUGCAAGUCGAUCUGGGUGAGGAGAAGCUGGUUAAAGGCUUGAUCAUCCAGGGAGGCAAACAUCGUGAUAAUAAGGUCUUUAUGAAAAAGUUUCGGCUGGGUUACAGCAGCAAUGGAGUCGAGUGGAAAAUGGAGAUGGAUGCCACAGGCAACAAGCCCAAGAUUUUUGAGGGGAAUUUGAACUAUGACACACCAGCAUUGAGGACGGUGGAGCCCAAAUUAACCCGCUUUGUUAGGGUGUACCCAGAAAGAGCAACUCCUGCUGGAAUGGGACUUAGACUGGAACUCCUGGGCUGUGAAAUGGAAGCGCCCACUGUGCCCCCUACCACACCCGCUCCCUCCACCACCCCGUCAGACGAGUGUGAUGAUGACCAGGCCAACUGCCACAGUGGAACAGGUGAUGACUACGACCAGACAGGUGGGACCAUUGUGCCAGAGAUGACCACAGAGCUGAGCACUGUUCCAGGUGAGAAAGCAUUCCUGUGGUUCGCCUGUGACUUCGGCUGGGCGAAUGAUCCUUCGUUCUGUGGCUGGAUAUCAGAGGACAGCGGUUUCAGAUGGCAGAUCCAGUCCAGUGGCACCCCUACUCUAAACACCGGCCCCAAUAUGGAUCACACAGGUGGAUCAGGCAACUUCAUCUACACGCUUGCAACAGGUGCACAGGAGACAGAGGUGGCGCGGUUAGUGAGUCCGCCAGUGUCAGGGCAGGACUCAGACCUCUGCCUCUCCUUCUGGUACCAUAUGUUUGGCUCACGCAUUGGCACACUGCACAUCAAACAGCGGAGAGAAAGCGGUCAGGUCACAGCUGAUGUACUGCUCUGGACGGUCAGCGGUCACCAAGGCAACCGUUGGAGGGAGGGGCGUGUGCUAAUACCACACUCCAAUAAACCCUACCAGGUGGUAAUUGAAAGUGUAGUGGAGAGAAAAAGCUGGGGAGACAUCGCUGUGGAUGACAUCAAAAUCUUAGACAAUCUAAACAUGGCCGACUGCAAGGACCCAGAUGUCCCUGCAGAGCCAAUUCUACCUGAGGACAACUUCAAUGAACUAAUUGUAGACAUCACAGACUUUCCUGAGAUUGUGGAGAACAAUGAAAUCAGUGGAGCGGGAAACAUGUUGAAGACAUUGGACCCCAUCCUCAUCACCAUCAUCGCUAUGAGCGCCCUGGGAGUCUUCCUCGGUGCCAUAUGCGGCGUGGUUCUCUACUGUGCCUGCUCCCACAGCGGCAUGUCCGAUAGGAACUUAUCCGCCCUGGAGAGCUAUAACUUUGAGCUAGUGGAUGGUGUCAAGUUAAAGAAGGACAAGCUCAACUCACAGAACUCAUAUUCAGAAGCGUGAAGCGCCAACCAAUGAGAGGGAAUCUCUCCUCAGGGUGGGCGGGCUAAAAUGGACUGCUGAUGCCCUCCGAUUUGAGGAGGCUCUGUGGUUCAGUGAACCAGUGGGAGGAGGUUUGGGACUGAGCCAUGCUUUUCUCAGGACCUGCAGUGAAUGGAACCUACCUGUAGGGGACACUGUGUACAAAAACAUUGAAUACAAGGAUUUCAAUGUAGAAAAAACACAAAAAUUACACAUGAGAAAUAUGUACAGCUGAUUGAAAUUAUUAUUUUUAUUUUUUAUUUUAUUGAUUUGUAUUAUUUUUAGUUGCUCAUUUUUACAAUCGGAUGCUGGUGUUGAGACCAAUAUAAAAUAAUGUUAUAAAAUAUUUAUCUUUUUUUUUUCUAGGAGGAAAAAAAAUCAUUUGUUUCAUUUUAAAAGAUUGUUUUGUGCUUUAAGGAGAUGUGUAAAAAACAAAAAAACAAAAAGAACCAUAAAUGCUAAGGGAAGGUAAUUACCCCAUGGUAAAUCAUGGAUCAAACGGGUAAAAUAUCAUCCAAUCCUGUUGCAUUCUGGUUAUGGUUCAGUCAGUGCCUUUGGUACAUCUUUUUUGGCCUCCUCUGUUGAUUUUUUAUGUUUUCAACCCUUUCAUUCUCAAAAUAGGCUUUUGGUCGAAUCUGCAAAACAAAAUCCAGUAAAGUCAUAGCGCUUUAAUGUUAAAAUCCUACAUAUUGUACAUAAGUUUUAAUAUAUUUUAAUGCCCUUUUCAAAGAAACGAGUAAAAGGUCAAAAAAGAAAGCUGCAGUAUCCCUUUUUUCCUGGGUUGUAUGUUGUAAAUACAAUCGUCUGACUGUUUUGUGAAAGUGAAAAAUGUAUGCUUUAUUUCUGUCCAGUUUGGUUAUUUUGCUACCCUCCCAAAAGAUGCAGCCCUUGUUCAAAAGAGGUGUUAAUACAAAUGCAAUGCACAUUCACAUCCCAUUUCAAAAUGGGAAUGGCAUCCUAUACUCAAACAGAAUGCGUUUAAUAGAACUCUGCAAUGGCUCGGUUGCUUUUUUAUGUUUUGUUAACCUGUAAAUCAGACAUAAGGCUGGAUAUCAGUUUAACAUCAUAUCCUGACAUGCAAGCCUCUCAUGCACAAAGAUAGAAUGAUAAUCACAUUUCAGAAUGUCUGUCAAUCCAACAUAUCAAAAAAGAAGAAAAUACAUGUUUAUCACCACACAAAUAUUUCAUCUGCCUUUUCAAAGUGCUUAUUUUACCAUCCGUUACGCUUGAAUGCAUGCCGUCCGUCAACCACCUUGACUAAAACUAUCUUUUCAGAGGGAAACUUCAUUUUAAGAGUGGUGCUAUAUAAUUCAGAUGUACUGAAAAUGUUUUGGCACAUCAUGCAUUGCCUAUGCACAAGCUUUGGACAUCACAUCAUGGUUGCUGGCUGAGUGAUGUCAUAGUUGAAUUCUGUCAUUGGCCUUGUGUCUUUACCAAAGGACUGUUGCCUCAAACCGCAGGGUCCAAUCACAACCUUUUGUCAUCAUCGGGCAUCGCAAGAUGGGGCAUUGGCUUUUGGAAAGGGGUCAGAUUAAAGAAAGACAUUAAAUGUUAUAAUACUGGUUUUAUCACUCAUUAUCAUUCUAUCACUGGUUUUGAUUCGGAAGUUAGAGGACUGUUUGAUAAAUCUGUACUUUAGCAAUGACUUACAUGUAGUUUAACCAACAACAGGGUUUCAUUGCUGACAAUACUAAUGUUUUCUACUAGUUUCUUGGUUUGUUCGUGUACUGUGUUGUGUACUGUGGCAAACACAUUUUCUGUUUCUUUCCGGUAGUUCCUGAAUACAUGAAUCCACGUGUCGAUGCUACAUGUGUCAGCUGAAGCUGUAAAGGUGACUGACUUCAGUCGGGUCCUGUGAGAAAGCAUACUGUAGCAUUAACUAAAAAGAAACGAUGUUGCACUGAUCAAUAUAUUUGAUGAAGUUUGUGUUUAUAGCAUUCAUUUGUAAAAAAGAAAAUUGAAAUAAAAAAAGACAGUGUUGAUAGUUUCAGAAUAUGUAAUACGAUUCUGAAAUGGUCAAUUAUCGAGAUGUUUUCAUUAUCGAAAAAGGUAUACAGAUUUCCUAUAUUAAAGUUCCCAUUUAUCUGACCAAUUAUCUUUUCGUUUUUGUACUGUCGUUCAAAUUUUGUGCUGAUUUUUUUUUUACGAGAAGAUGAGAAAGAAAAGAAAAUCUUUUAUUUUCAAUACUGCCUCUGUAAUUUGCUGUUGUAGGAAGGAAUAAAUUAAUAAAUAAAAAAAAGACAGCAAGGCCUUAAAAUGGAUAUCAAUGUUUUGUAUUUUAACAUCAUGCUUCACAAAGAGAAAAACAAUCAUCUGCAUCUACUCUGUCUCUGGUCAAAUCAGAUCAACUGACAUUCCAAAGAUUCAGCUCUAAUAAAUGAUU